AGAGGGCGAGACAGAGCGCGAGACAGAGCGCGAGACAGAGCGCGAGACAGAGAGCGAGAGCGAGACAGAGAGCGAGACAGAGAGCGAGACAGAGAGCGAGACAGAGAGCGAGUCCCAGCCAGGCUUCAGCACCACGUAGCCAUACUGGAGACGGCGGGCUGGACUGGCUUACCAGAGGUGCUGUCUGGAGAGUCACGCAUAUAA